CCAGCUAUCUGUAAGUGUAGUAAUGACAGUGGAUUGCGCUUCAGCGGUGUUUCGCCUGCAAGCUGGGCCGGUCUGCCAUUAUGAUCCGUCAAACAUCAUCAAAACAUCUCGACAAGGAUGGCUUCCAAGGAGAUAAGUACUGCUUGAUUUGAAGCUCGUUGACGCUUCCGGACGCACGCCAUGGAGUCAGAAGUGCACAGUAGGCUCGCCGCGGCUCAGAAUGCGCCUCCUGGCCAACUCAACGCGACCAGUGCCCCAGGAGGAAGCAGCAUGGAGCACUCUGGCUUGCCGGCCGACGCUGGCGGGAGGGCCCAGGUCUCGGGCCAGGUCUGGCAGCACACCGCGCCACAGGCGCACAGCCCCUCUGCGUACCCGCACCCCAGCCCGCCCGCGGCGCUGCUCCAAGGGCGGCUGAUGGCACUUGUGCAGUCCGACAUGCGCUGCCAGAUGCGGGGGCUGCUGGAGAGCCGCGCCAAGCUGGAUCUGGCGGCCCGCCUCACCGCGACGCUGGCGGCUCAGCCGCCGAUGGCUCCGCCCGGCUUCUUCCCCGGCUCGCCGCAAGCAGCUGGCGGCGGCGGCCCCGGCGGCGCCAGCGGCACCCACCUGGCGGCGGCGAUGCUAAUGGCUCUGGAGCGCGCGCCGCCGCCGCCACUGGCGCCGCUGCACGGCGCCGCCGGCUACCCGGCUGCGGCGCCUGUCAGCACCGGCUGGUGGGCCGCCGGCCUGGCGGCGCAGCCGGCCAGCGGCGCCGAGCUGGCGGCAGUGGCGCCGCUGUCGUCACUAGCACCUCAACCCCGGCAACAACAGCAGCGACAGCACGCCUACCAGCAGCACCCCUACCAGCAGCACCCCUACCAGCAGCACCAGCCGCCGCUGCUGCUGUCGAGUCUGUCGCUGGAGGCCGAGCAGCUGCGGCGGCGGCGGCAGGAGCUGGAGGCACGCAAGCAGGCGGCGGAGGAGCGGCUGGCGGCGGCGGGCGCCGCAGCGACGGCGGAGGAGGCCGCCGCUGCUGAAGCCGAGGGCGCUGCCGCGGCGGCAGCCCAGGAGGCGGAGGCGGCGCAGGCGGCGGUGGCAGCCCGGCAGGCGACGGAUGCCCGGGCCGCCGCCGAAGCCAGGGCAGCUGCGGCCGCCACCGGAGGAGCAGCAGCAACGGCGGCGGCAGCGGUGGCGGCAGCACAGCAGCAGCUGCCGGCUCGCCAGCCCCAGGUGCCGCUGGCGGCGCUGUUGCUGCCGUCGGCGCCGUCGCCUUCGUCUCGGGCCGUGUCGCCGCCGGCGCCGCCCAGCCCGCGGCAGCAGGCGCGGCUGGGUGAGCUGCUGCAGCUGGCCAGCCGCUCUGCGGCGCAGCUGCUGGCAGUGACGGCAACGCUGGGGUAUGCUGAGCGCCCGGGCCCGCUGGGACCGCUGUUGGGGCGACUGCGGGAGGCGGGCCGGACGGCGGAGGUGGAGGUGGAGGCCGCAGCGGCAGCGGCAGAGGCUCUCGCAGCAGCUGCGCCACCGCAGGGCGCCGAAGCUGCUGCGGCCAGAGCCGGUGGGACCGGGGGAACGACAGCGAGGGCGGGUGGUGUCGCAAGCGAUUCCGCAGAAGCUCGGCCGCUGGGCUCGAGUGCUGACAGAGCCGCGGGCGAGGAACGGCCGCGAGCGCAGGGUCAGGAGCCGCAGGCUGUCCAGCAGCGCAAGCGCGGGCCGGAGCAGCAGGUGCAGCCGGAGCGGCCGGCGUCAGUGCGGCGAGGUGCGCCGGCUUCGCCUGCGCGGGAUGCCGCUCUGGAGUCCGCCCCUCCUGCUGCUGCAAAUCCAGCGGCUCGGGCAUCGGGUGCGGCUACCGCUGGUGCUGCCGGUGCCAGGGGAGCAUUGGCUGGGGCAGCGCAAGGGUCCGGGCCGGGCUCGGGGUCGGUGCGCCUGCUGCCGCCCGGUGCAGCGGACCGCUCGUCGCCGGCGCCGCAGGAGCAGGCGCCACAGCCGCAGCCGGCCCUGGCGCACCAGUUGCCGCCGCCACUGACAGGCACACGCAGGAAGUGGGGGCCGCCGAUGAUCCCCCAGCAGCCGGCAGCAGGCACCACCACCACCGCCACCACCACCGCAACCACCGCAACCACCACCGCAACCACCACCGCUACCACCACCGCCAACACCACCGCUACCGUGGCCGCCACCGCGACCGCCAGUUCAUCUCAGCCACGGCGGGAGGGGGAGCAGCCCUCCCACACCACCGCAGCGGCCGUGGCAACAGAGCGCCGCAGCGUCAGUGUGGGGCUCGCAGCUGACGCCGCACCGCCAGCCCCAGCCCCCGUGACACAACCGCCAGCACCAGCUUCCCUGACACCAGCGCCAGCACUAGCGCCAGCAUUAGCGCUAGCACCAGCGCCAGCACCAGCGCCAGCACCAGCGCCAGCGCCAGCACCAGCACCAGCACCAGCUCCGGCGCAAGCACCAGCGUCAGCACCAGCACCAGCGUCAGCGCCGGCGCAAGCACCAGCACCAGCGCCGGUGCAAGCACCAGCGCUAGUGCCAGCACCAGCACCAGCGCCAACCCCGGCAGCCGACGCCACAGCAGCAGCCGCGCCUGCGGCCACAAGUGCCACGCAGCCGUCGCCAGAGCAGCUGGCUGCGCCCGCCCCCACGCCUUCCCAGAUGAGGCUGCUCGCCGCCGCGUUCCCGGGCGACCGCGGCCGGCCCACAGUCCACGAGGCGAACCGUGUGUAUCGCGCCCUCGGCGCCUUUCUGGCGCCCAUCCCCAAAAAGGGAGACUGGCGCGCCAUGACCGCGGUCCUGUCGGUGGCGGCAGCGCCGGUGCGGAAGGCGCUGCCGCGCGCCGAGCAGGCGCAGGCGAAGGAGGCGCUUCGCGCGCGGCUGCUACAGCAGCAGGAGGGGGGCGGCGGCGGCGGCAACGGCAGCGGUGGCGGUGGCGGCGGCGGCCCGUCGGCGUCUGACGGCGGCGCAAAGGGUGUAUUCGUGCUUGAGACGGUGCCGGCCGCAGCCGAGGCGGGAACCAGCGAGCCGCUGGAGGUUGUGAGGCUGGACUGGGAGGCACUCACGGCGGCGGUGUCCGCGGUCAGGGUCAAGGCCAAGGCCAAGGGGGCAGCGGACAGGGCCAAGGCCAAGGCUGCAGCGGCAGCGGCACCGGCAGCGGACAGGGCCAAGGCCAAGGCGGUGGCGGCAGCGGCCGUGACUGCUGUCUUGCAGUCGGCUGUCAGCGGUGGAUUGGAGACUGCACCGGCACCGGCCCAGGCAGGGGCCGCAGCCGGGGCCAGCGCAGCCGUUGGCGAGGAGGCACCUGCGCCUGCGACAGCUGCAGUGGCAGAAGCAGGAGCAGCGGCAGCGCCGGCCGUGGCGUCGGCCCUGCAGCCCGAUGCCGCCGUGUCACAGGCGCCAGCGGCUGCUGCCGCCACAGUAGACACAGCCCUGCCCGCUGCUGCCGCAGAGCCCGAGCCAGAGGCAGCAGGCACAGAAGCAGCGGUGACGACAGCUGAGGCAGGAGCAGAGGCGGGCACCGUGCCUGUGCGGCAGCUCGAGGCAGAUGCAGAGGCAAGCGCGGCGGCGUUGCAGGCACCUGCUGCUGCCGUUGCUGCCACUGCUGCCGCACCCGCUCCGGAGCUGUCACCCCGGACACAGCCGCAUGAAAGCGCGGGCGCAGUCGCCUCGAGGGAUGCAGCAGCCGCCUCAAAGGAUGCAGCCUCCUUGGAGGGCGCAGCAGGUGCGGGUGCUCAGGCAGCGGCGGCGCCGGCUGCGGUCAACAGGCAGUGCGGCAGCAGUGCGGAUGGCGCGCCGGAGGGAGCUCGGGCAAGCAGCAUAGCAGGCGCGGAAGGCAAGGCCACGGCGGCUGCCCGCGAGACAGCCGAGGGCAAGGACGCAGGCCAGGAGCGCGAGCGGCAGCGUGAGUGGGACCGGGAGCGCGGCAGGGACUCCCGAGACCGCGAGCGCAGCAGGGAUCGCGACCGGGAGCGGGACCGAGAGCGCGACCUUGAACGUGAGCGGGAUCGGGAGCGGCUCCGUGUCAGAGAGCGGGAGAGGGAGCGUGACGCACGGGGUCUCGGAAGCCGUGAACGUGAGCGGGAACGUGACCUGCACAGCCGAGAUCACGGCUACGAUCGCGACCGAGAUCGGGAUCGGCUGCGGGACAGGGAGCGGGAACGGGAUCGGGACAGGGAGCAGGACAGGCGCCGGGCGUCCAUGGAUGCCCGCAGCCGCAGCCACAGCCAGGGUCGCACACGGAGCCGCAGCCGCAGCCGAGGUGCCGGGGUCCGCGACAGGGAGGGUGACAGGGGCCGCAGCCUUGUUGGGGCGAGCCGGCGCAGCAUGGACGGGGUGCGCGAGCGCGAACGCGACCGAGCUCUGCGGCUGUCGUCAGACCGGGAGGGCGCCGGCACACGAAGCGCCACGCCUGCUGGCAACGCCGCGGGCGCGACUGCGGCAGCGGCGGCUGGCGCCGACAGCGACCGGGAAUCAGGCGAGGUGGUGUCGGAGGCGGCGGCAGCUGCAGGCUUGGACGGGCAGCCCGGGGCAGAGGGGCAGUCGGCUCCGCAGGCCGACACAGGCGCUGCCGGGGCGGAGCCUGCAGGGCGUGCAGCGCAGCGGCAGCGGGAGGAGGCGCGGAAGGAGGAGGAGGCGGGAGGCCGGGCUGGCGGCGCUACGGGCUCCCGGCGGGUGGAAGCACGUGACCGAGAUCGGGACCGUGAUGCGACCUGGGACAGGGAGCGACAGCGGGAGUACGACAGGGAGCGGGAUGAUCGCCAGCGGCAGCGGGAGCGCGACCGGGACCGUGAGCGUGAGCGUGAAAGGCAGCGGGAACGCGAGCGCGAGCGGGAACGCGAGAAAGAGCGGGAGAAAGAGCGCGAGAAGGAGCGCGAGAAGGAGCGCGAGAAGGAGCGCGAGAAGGAGCGGGAGAAGGAGCGCGAGAGGGACCGCGAGAAGGAGCGGGAGAGGGAGCGGGAGAAGGAGCGUGCAGCUGGGCAUAAGCGGCGGCGGAGUCGGGAUGGUGUGGACGAGGCGGCCGGCACCGCGGCUGCGGCCCCUACCGCGGCGGCUCCUGCCGGUACGGCCUUGACGACCGCCGCCGAUGCAACAGCGGGCUCUGCACACCACGCGACGGCGGCGCCGCCGCCGCUGCCUGCGGAGGCGGAGGCGGUGGUGGCGGCGGAGGCGGCACCACAGGCGAGUGAGGUGGCUGACACGGACAACAUGGACGUGGAGGAUGAUAGCGAUGUGGUGGAGGUGGAGGCGCCGCCGCCGCUGCCGCCUGCGUCGCCGCCGCCGCAGGUGCUGACAUUCUCCUUGGCUGGCCGACGCGGCGCCGCUGCCACCGUCAAGCCCGCCACAUUCGCCGGAGCGCCACCCGCCGCCGGCGGCGCGGCUGCAGGCGCCGGUGAUACGCCUGGCGACCCUGCGCAUGAGGACACGUCGCCGUCCGCCUCGCCACCCCCGCCGCCGCCGCCGCCUUCGCCGCCGCCUCCUGCUGCUGCGCCAGCGCAGCAACAGCCACAGCCACAGCCACAGCCACAGCAUCCUGUCCUAGACCAACAGGGAACGGGCUACCAAGCCUACCCGCCGCAGGCCUACGGCUACCCGCCGUACGACCCCGCGCAGCAGCAGCAGCAGCCGUAUGUACAGCCGCUGCACCUGCAGCAGGAGCAGUACCCGCCCGGCGCCGCGUACCCGCACCCUGGCUCGUCGUAUCUACAGCACGGCCUGCCGCCGGCAGAUGACGGGCUGCAGCCGCAGCAGCCGUACGCCGGCAUGGGCUUUGGCGACGGCGGCGGCGGCGGCGGCGCGCCGCCGCCCCUCCACGGCCAAACGCAGCACUACGACCCAGUCUCCGGCCCGCCGCCGCCGCACUGGCGGCACUACGGCGGCCCUGGCGGGCCUGGCGAGCCGCUGCCGUACGGCCCCAUGCGGCCGCUGUCACCGCCGCCGCACGGACACCCGCACCCGCACCCGCACGGCCCGCCCUUCUCGCCCGUGGGCCGCCAUCCACCGGACUGGGAGCUCAGCCGCGAGCGCGAGCGCGAGUGGCAGCUGCGAGGCAUCGGCCGGGAGCGGGAGCGGGAGUGGGAGUGGGAGCGGGAGCGGGCGCAGGAGCGGGCGGAUUGGGACUGGCACCGGGAUGGGCUGCCGGGUCUGCGUCCGCCGCCGGGUCGUGGCCCCCGCCCCAUGUUUGCCGCCGAUCGAAUGCCGCCGCCGGGAGCCGGCCCCUACGGCCCGCCGCCGCUGCCUUGGGAGCUGGAUCGGGAGCGAGGCCAAGGGCCGAGGCCGGGGUCGCGCGGGCGAGACGCGCCGCCGGGCUCGCCUCGGGAUGGCGCAGACGGCGGCGCCGGCGGGCGGCGGCAGCAGCGGCAGAAGGAGCGGAGCACGCAGCGGGCGCAGGCGCACCAGCAGGAGGACCAGCGGCGUCGGCGGGGAUCGACUGGCCAGGGAACGGAGGCGUCGCCGCCUAAGCAGCAGCAGCAGCAGCCAUCGCAGCAGCAGCAGCAGCAGCAGCAGCAGCAGCGAGGCCGUCCGUCUUCGCGGAGUCAGGCGCAGGCGCUGGCGGAACAACAGGCACAGGAGGCGCAAGAAGCCACGCCGGCGGCGGAGCGGGAGCAGGGCGAGCGGCAGCGCGAGCCAGACGCCAGCGGCGCUAGCCAACGCAACGACGGUGGCGCCGCCGCACCAGCAGCCGCUGCCGCUGCAAGUACCAGCCCGCGCCAACCGGCGCCGGGCACGGGAGCGGAGGCAGGGGCAGAGGCGGAGGCCUCCACUGGUAGCCUGCAGGCAGACUCGGCGACGGCCGUAUCGACAGCUGGCGCGGCGCCUGGCGACAGUUCGCGGCCGCCCGCGGCCGCGCCGGCCGCCCGCACGCGCCGCCAGGGCCGUGAGCGCCCCGCGCACGAGCACGGGGAGGCGGUGCGGCUCGGCAGUCGCUCGCAGCAGCCGCUGAGGGACGCGCCGCCCCUGCCGCGGCCGCAGAGCGCCGGCAAGCCGUCGGGCAAGCUGACCGAGUCGGCGCGGAUUGGGGUGGAGCUGCAGAAGUCAAGAAAGGAGAUAAAGAACGCCAAGGCCGCGAGGAAGCUGGACGCCGACAUGCUGCUGCAUAAGAAGUCUACCGCGUCCGCGCCUGCCACUGCCAGUGCUACUGCCAGUGUCAAUGCCGCUGCCACUGAUACUGCUACUGCCGCUGCUGCAGCGGUGGGCAGCGGCAGCGCUGCAGGCGGUGGCGGUGGAGAGGCGGCGACGGAUCGGCAGCCGCGGGUGCACGAGCAGAUUCAGUGGACCGACCCCACCCUGUCAAAGCAGCCGCAGCCGCAGCCGCCAGCAGAAAGCGGCGCACCCGCCGGGCGGCGGGCAUCACUGCGGGAUGCGCCGCCGCUGCCGCAGCCGCAGCACCAGCCACAGCAGCUGCAGCAGCCGCAGCAGCCAGCGCUAACCAAGAAGCAAAGGAAGCAGCAGCAGAAACACCAGCAGCAACAGCAAGCCCAGGAGCGUGCGGCAGUGGUUUGGCAGGAGCGUGGGCAGGGCAAGGGCAGCGCUACUGAUGCUGGCCCUCCAGAGGCGGGUGGCGAUGGCGGCGAGGCGCCGCCGGGGUCUCAGAACCAGCAACUGGAGCAGGCGGCGGCGGCGAUGGCGGCGGCGGCGUUUGCAAUGGACCCCCUCGUGCAGCAAGGCUUGUUCGGUCCCAUGCUGGGCGCGUCGCCGUUUGGGCACCUGCCGCCAGAGCUGCUGUUCCCCUGGGGGAUGCCGCCGCCGCUGCCCAUGCUUCCACCGUUUGGUCCGGGCGGCGGCGGCGGCGGCGGUGGCCCCGGGGGCCUUGGCUACCCUCCCGGAGGUGGAGGGGGAGAUGGCGAGGGCGGCGCAGGAGGUGGAGGUGGAGGUGUCCAGCAACAACAGCAGCGGCUGCCGGGAGCGAGGGGCGGCAAGCGCAGGCGGCGGCAGAUGUAACGUACACGUACACGUACACGCUGCUUGUCAUACCGGUACCUCGGCAACCGUAUCAAUUUUACACCCUCCCUACACAGCCGGAGCCGCUUAUCACCCCGAUAUCACUCGCAAUGCCUCUGGUCACGUUUGACCAACAGGUGGUGGCCCUGAAAGUCCGGGCUGUGAAGAAGUUGCUUAGGGAGCUUCCUGGCGCCGAGUGGGAGGCCCGCGCCGACAAGCAGGGCAACACCGACGCCAAGAAGUGCACCGCCGAGAGCACCGCUGGGAGCACAGCCCAGAGGCAGCGUUGACCCAACUUGAGCGAGAACUGAUGGAUGCCGUUUACGGUUUAGCGGGGUGGUGUCAUGGUAUGGGGCACAGAGCAGAAGGUUGAAGUUGCCUUGGCUGUCGCACUGCCUCGGGUUGCGUUGUGAUGGAAUUUGCAUGGCAUGUGCAGGGAGGCUGAGAUAUCGGGGCGAGCACAGAAAGGAUGGAGAUUAGGACGUUGAGAUUUGAGACGGGCAUUCAGGCGUGUGUGGGCCGCAGCAUCGGAAGGGCUGAUGCGACCAUUCGCCCACUGGACACGGCUGCUGGUCCGACAACUCAAGAAACAGUCUCGUUGCUGCAAGUGAUGCCAUGAGCAUUCCUCUAGCUGCUGCACACGUCGUGUCGAAGAGAUUAAGACACCUAGUAGCCUAGUAGUGUCCUGUGAUACAUGGCCUGCCAGCGCAGGCCUUACAUUGUCAUGCCUU